UUUUCUCUGCGUUUCAUUGCAAGUACAGUUACAUACUGUAGAAUUUCUACGAUUUCGUUGUUUUUGUGUAGUUUGCGUUGAACGUAAUGUUUGUUUGUGUUGAAAAUGAUAUUGUUUGGUUAUCAGAAGCGGAAGAAAAAAGGCGACAUGGCAACCCCAGAGCCUACUUUCCCGGACAACCUCGCUGGCUUCGGGUACGAGUUUAAAGAUGGGAAGCUAAAAAACAUACAGACUGGAGAACCAUUUGUGUUUGCUGUCAGCCCAGACGACAGGGAUUACAACCAGAAGCGUUAUGAGGCUUUGGGAGAGCUCGUGCAGCAAGACGUGUACCAGCUCGUGAAAAGGGAAUGCGGCAUGAUCAAGGCCUCGGUCCCCAUCAACAGCAGGCCAGGCGACCCCCAGACGUUUGUGUUCCUGUCGAGUGACUUCAUGACCAACGAUGACAAGAUCUUGAUAGUCAUCCAAGGGAGCGGCGCCGUCAGAGCCGGACAGUGGUCGCGGAAGCUGACCAUCAACGAAGGCAUCGAAUCGGGAACUCAGAUCCCAUACAUACAAAUUGCGCGAAGAGAAGGCUAUGCUGUAAUGGUGAUGAAUCCCAAUGAUAAUUCUCGGAUCGUUGAAAACCAGAAACAAAUGAUAAAAGGAAGCGAGAGCGCAGUGGCUCAUGCAUCCUACGUGUGGGAGGCCUACCUGCAGGAGUCGAAGGCCAAACACAUAGCGAUUGUUGGGCAUAGUUACGGCGGGGAGGUGACGAAAAGUUUGUUUGACAAAUAUAAAGAGGACUUCAAACAGCGUGUGUUCGCCGUGGCUUUGACGAGCUCUACCCACACGAUCGCCGACCACACAGAGUACAGUGACCUGAUUAAGAUCUCCCGACACUGGCAAACGAGUGACCAGCCGCUGGACACGGAGCUGCCGACGAUGGAAAAUGGAAUGAAAAUGGUGUCAGCUGGAACAAACACACACGAAAGGACAUCACAAGCAUGCAUGGAAAGUGUGUUCAAGUUUUUCCAAGACCGGUACCUGGCCUUCCUUGAGGGUUAGGCGCACGAAGUCGGUGGUGAUUUAGCUGCCAAGGUGGUUGACGAUGGCGAAGGCGUAAGAGGAGGGAGAUGAGGAAGAACGUUCUUACUCAUCCUGUUUCUUGUGUUUUUAUUCUUUUUUAAUUACUUGUUGCACUUCUUAUUCUAUGUCUCCACUUCUCAUUCUGCUUCUCCUCCUUCUGUGUCUCUUUUUUCUUUCUUCUCCUGCUUCCUCUUCAUUUUCUCCUACUCAUUCUUCUUCUUAUGCCCCUCUUCUCAUUAUGCUUUCUCUUUUUUUUUCUCCUCUUCCUUCUGAAUUUCCCUUCUCAUUCUGUUCCUUCUCCUUCUCCUCCUUCCUCCUGUUUUUAUCAUAAUCUUCUACUUCUUGUCCUUCAGUAUGAUUUCUACUUCUUAUAAAAAUGAAUCCUAAAUUAAUUUGUCAUUAUAAAAUCGUAAUAUUGAUUAUUCACAUUAUAUAUUUUUUUAAUAAUAUCAUAUUAGUUUCUCACAGUGGUCUGAACUCGAUCACUGUUUGUGCUCAGUAUGGAUAUUUAAAAACUAAUAUUUUACAAAGUUGAUUGUGAUAUAUUAAAUCAGAAUAUUUCAAACUGAUUAUAACUUUUUUGUGGAAUAUUGCUGUGUAGCUUACUUUUGUUGAUAAUUAGUCAUUGUAGUGUGAUAAAUUAUGUGUUGCAGCUUCAUUUCGUAUCCGCGAGUUGAUAUAAAUAUACCAUAAUGCAUGAAUAUCAUGUUAUGUAUUAUGUAUUAUGCCUGUUACGUAUUACGGGUUUUCUGUCAAUACCUCUGGCAAAGGAACUUAUGUAAUAAAAGCUAAUUGUCUGAUUGUU